CCUCGCCUGUCAUCGCUAUUCAGCAUAGCAAACCAUUCAAUGACCGUGUUCCUGUGAAUUUUGUAAACGAGUUUGAUGUAAACGAGGCUGCUAAAAGACUGUCCAUGACAAUGUCGGGCAGUCCAAAGGUCACAUUCAGUCAAAAGAAGGGGAAGAAGGAUUUGCAAGAAAUGGAUGGCAGUGUCGUGCGAUUCCAUUCCAACUACCAGCGCCAUCCUAAACCACCAUAUCCGUACACAGGAAUGAUAAUUCAUGCCAUCACCUCUGCACCAGAGAAGUGUCUAACACUUAGUGGUAUUAACCAUAGGUUGGAAGAGAUGUUCGACUUCUUUAAAGGCCCCUACAAAGGAUGGAAAGACUCUGUUAGGCACAAUCUUUCCCACAACGCAUGCUUUGUGAAGGGUGGACGAUGUACAGAGCCAGAGAGUAAGGGAAACCUAUGGUAUGUAGACAUAUCCAAGGCACCUAUAAACUGCUUCAAGCUUCAAGACACGCCAGUCGCACGCCAGGGAAACUGGGCUCAGGAACUCCACAUACAGUUAGGACUCGCAGAAAUUCCCAUUCCUUCCAAGAAACCCACUUCUCCUGUUAGUCUUCAUGCCAGGAAAUUUCCUUGGGAUAUAAACAACUCAUCCAGUGUUGUCAGUGGUGUUGCAUUCAACAGCUCCAGUCACGGUUCAGAUUCUGUAUACCCUGUACCGCUCAGUGCAACUCCUGUGUCCACAGUCAACGAGGAGUUUUCUGUAGAACCCAACAAUGAGAGUUUCAGUGAAUCCAGAGAAGUGCCUGCUUUUUUGUCCGACGCCAGCUUUGAAGGGUCAAUCAAAACCAGGAAAGUAUCGAGACAAAGCAGAAGGAAUAAUUCGGUGUGGAACAAGAGAAGCAGGGAGGAUCUGAUGAAAACCAUUGCACGUAAAGCUGCCAGGAAGAUGACUUCUGAAACACCUAUCCAAAACUUUUCCCUUCUCUGCCAGUCUCCCCAUUUCACACAAAAUGAAACAUAUUCUAAUCCUCCAAAUGACACACAUCCCUACCACCAGCAUCAGUAUUUCCCCGAACCGAAUUUCUUUCGCCAAUCAACCAAACACAUGCCGAACUAUGACCAUUCUCCAUUCCAAUCUUUUCUAUAUCAGUCAGAUGGACCUAACUUCGAGUAUCCCAAGGCUCCCACAAUCGACAUUCAACAGCAGAAUUAUCCUGGGUAUCCAUACUUUCCCGCUCAACCAUUGGACCCUUAUCACACAGCUGCAUCUUGGAACAAUACCAGCUACCAGCUUCUAUAUCAACAGAAGGCGAUUUAUGACCCUACGACACCCGUCAUGACGUUUCUCUCUCAGAAAAGUGAUCCCGUGGAUUUUAGUCAUACCAUAUCAUCACAACAGGAGCUUCCCAACGACAGUUCUUAUGUGGAGGUAGAAGAAGUAGAUGAAUAG